AUGGCCGCCAUGGCGGGCAUGAAUGCCAACGCAGGCCCCGUCGACGGCACCCCCAUCAUGGGCAACGGCCAGCGCGGGCAGCAGAUGCAGAACCUCGAUCCGCGCGACCAGCUCAACACCUACAUCUACGACUACUUCCUACGGAACAACCACCACCGGCUCGCGCGAACCAUGCUCGAGUGCGACAUGAAGAUGAAUGUGCACCCGCCGCAAAAGCCGAGCCCUAGCGGCAGAAACGUCAACGGCGUCGACGCCAUGGACCACGACUCCAAGGACGACCUGCCCAACCCGAAGCUGCCCACCGGCCAGGCGACGGACAAUUCCUUCCUGCUAGACUGGUGGGUCCAGUUCUGGGACAUCUUCAGUGCUGCCCGUGGCAAGAACACAAAAGGCGCACAGUACAUUGGACACACACGAAAUAUCACCCAGAUGCAGACUGACCAGCGGAACCAGCGCAUGAUGAUGGCUGGUGGUGCCAUGGGCGCCGCGCAGUAUCAGAACAUGAUGCGGGCAAUGCCGAACGGCGUCGCUCCGAAUGAUCUCAAGCGCGCGGCCGCCAUGAACCGCAACCCGUACGUAUCGAACACUAUCUUUUGCCAGCAUAAUGCGAACCCGAUGGCAAACAUGAACCAGAUGAAGAACCAAGGCAUGAUGGCAGCACAGAUGCAGAGAGACGGCUCUCAGAUGGACAUGAACGGGCAGCGGCCUCAGUCGCCAGGCUCGAAUGAGAAUGCGCCAUCUCCGAAUAAGCGCCCUCGCGUUGAAGGACCAAUGAAUCCGGGCAACAUGCCCGGUAACCAGUUUGAAUUUCAGCAGGCACAGAAUGUGCAGCAAAAGUCUAUUGAGGGGAUGAAUUCUGGCGUCCAAGGAUCUCCAAUGACCCAACAAGGCCUGGACGGCCAACACGACCUUUUCGCUGGCAACCAGCCACGACCCGGAAUGCCUGCCGGUGCUCCUGGACCGCCACAGGGCAACCACGCGCUGCAGGACUACCAAAUGCAGCUCAUGCUGCUCGAGCAGCAGAACAAGAAGAGGCUGCUAAUGGCCCGGCAGGAGCAGGACAACAUCUCUGGUCCCCACGCACAGGGCGCGGUUGGUGCACCCGGAUUCCCGCCCUCGAUGUCCCCUCAGGGCAGCAGGGCGGGCCCCUCACCUAACCCCACAGACCAGAUGAAGAAAGGCACUCCGAGAAUGGGCCAACAAGGGCUCCCCGGCUCCCCGAUGCCAGAAGGCGCGAUGCAGCAGCAACGCAAUUCUCCAGUACCCAACUUCGACCCCAACGCAAUGCCUCCAGGAAUGCCACCACAAUACGGUUUCCCGGGCCAGAUGCCGCAGAACCCCAUGAUGAGACCGCCGAGCUCGCACCCUGGUAACUUCAACGCACAGCAGUUGACACCCCAGCAAAUAGAAGCUAUGCGUGCGAGCGGCGCCAUGCAGAACGGUGCCUGGCGAGGCCCACCGCCUGGGAUGAUGCCGGGCCAGCAACAAAUGGGUCCCAUGGGCAACCAGCCACAGCAGAGAGGACAGAUGCCACCGCCCCCAGCUCCCGCCAACGAACAGCCUCGAGCACAGGAACCCUCACCCUCGCAACCAGCUCAAGCACCGCCCACGCCCUCUCAAGCAAACAAGCCGGCUCCGAAGAAGAAGCCCACCAAGGACAAUAAGAAGCCCGCAAGCAAAGCAAAAGGGGCAAACGCAGGUGCUCCUCCAGCAACGUCGGCUGGCGAAGAACCGCCGACGCCUACGCCUUCCACGCCGAUUACGCCUAUGCAUCCUAAUUCCUUCAAGAAUGGACAGCAGCAGCCACCGCAGGCCCCUGCGCAACCUCAACCACCAGCAGCGCCGCAACAGCAGCAGCCUCCUCCCAUGGAGAAUAACGCCGACCCCGGUCCGCCAUUCGGCAAUAUCGAUGAUACCUUCACUUUGGGCUUUGGCGAUGAGAACGCUCUCGAGAACUUUGACUUUGACUCGUUCUUGCACGUUGGCGACGACACCGGCUUUGGCUCGAUAGGCGCCGACUUUGGCUUUGGUGACGAAGUACAGGCCGGUGGCGAAAUAUGA